AUGAGAGCAGAGAGAAUAUGUGUUGUUGACGUUGUUGCGUCGUCACCUAAAGGCUUGUUUACCUUCCUCCACUUCACUUACAAGCGCGCCUUUUGGAACAUGGUCACUGCUCGGUCAGUCGAGUCGGUACAGCCUGUCAACACUGUGGUGGAGAUCUUCUCCGUCAGCGUUCGUACAUGUGGAAGGAAUUCUAACUACAUCAUUGAUCCCUGA